AUGGCGAGUUCAAUAAUUUUAGCAGGUCUAGGCAUGGCAGCGGUAGGUUUCGCAGGUCGAUAUGUUAUGCGACAAAUGCCUAAUGCUUCUGUUAAAUUCGCUGAAGCUAUGAAAAACCUCCCUAAGUUUGAUACUGAAAGUUUGGCAAAUUCAAAAUAUUAUAAAGGUGGCUUUGAGCCUAAAAUGACUAAGAGAGAAGCAGCUCUAAUAUUAGGCGUUAGUCCUACAGCUAAUAAAUCUAAGAUAAGAGAAGCUCACAGAAGAAUUAUGCUGUUAAAUCAUCCUGACAAAGGAGGAUCACCACUUAUUGCUGCUAAAAUUAAUGAGGCCAAAGACAUAUUGGAGAGUGGAAAGUCA